GCCGACUGGAGGGAUGUGACCCCGGAACAGGACGCCCUCCUACAACAACACACACCAUUCAAACAGAGCACAGAAGAAAGAAAAGCUGGACCAGGAGGGAGCCACAGGAGCAGGGGGGAUGAACCGCGAGGAGGCCCCGGGGAAGUCUCCUGAAGACAUGUACAUCCAACAGAAAGUGCGGGUCCUGCUCAUGCUAAAGAAAAUGGGAUCAAAUCUUACACCGAGUGAAGAGGCUUUUCUCCGGAAUUACGCAGGUGUGGUCCACAGUCAGAUGAGCCAGCUACCACAGCACAACAUAGACCAGGGUGCAGAAGAUGUGGUGAUGGCGUUCUCACGGUCAGAGACGGAGGAUCGACGCCAGUGACCCUUGCCCCCACCCAGCCCCCCAUUCUGCCCCUCCGCAUCCGGCCCCACCCCCGUCCCGCCAUGCACAACGUGAUCCACAACAACAAACGCGACACUGAUGGGCUCAGGAGAGGAGGGGUACCUGGGAGGGACGGAAGAGGAGGGGAAGAGACACCAGGAGGUGGCUGCCUCGCUCUCCCCCAGCCUUUUCCACCCCCGACUCCUCCUCAUACAAGCUGGCACACCAUUACCAGAGAUGCACUCAAGUGCUUCACUGUGGGUUGAAGCCUUGGCAACAAGGCAGUCAGUGAAAACACUCACAGAUUGUGUGGAUGAAUUUCAAAUGUAGUAUUUUUUCAGUUUUUUUUUUCUUUUUUUCAGUUUUUUUUUUGGUGGUUUUGUAUUAUUUUGUCUGUGUUGAGACUUUAGGCAGUGUUACGUGUUACAUCUGCUGUGGUCACUGGAGGAAUUGACCUGUCAGCAGCGGAUUGAAGCAAAGAGAAAUAGAGUUUUGGUCAAGCAGUGAGUGUGAUGAUUGAUCGUGUUAGGAGACAGAUUUUAAUGAUCUCUGCUUACCCUAAUGGGGCUGAAAUUGUUUUUGAUUUAGCUGUUGUGUUAUAAAGGCUAUUGUAUUCUGUCACACAGGGGGCCUCAUUUCUAAACAUUUCAUGUGUAUAGGAGGAGGCGUGAAAGGUGCAUACUGCACCCACCACGCAGGCAAAGUGGUCAAAUAAAAUCUAAAGUAUUCAUACUUCUUGUCAGACAGUUAAUUUCACUUUAUAUCAAAUCCUGGCCUGUUUAUUUAUCACCUUCUUGCAGCAGGAAGUCAGUUGUAGAACCUCAACAUCAAGUGCAGUGAAGUGAGCUACGGUGACCUCUGACCUCUACAACAUGUUAUUGUUCUCUCGAUCUUGCUGAUGUUUAUUUCCCAGUCAUUUCUCACUCUGAUCAUGCAGUGCUCCCCGCUGCUGUGACGUCUCUUUAUCAGUCAAACCAUAAAUAUACGCAAAAGCAUGAGAGUCAAGUCUAAGUGACUCAAGAUCUGCAACAUUUCACACUCGACCUCAUAGCGUUUCUUUGUGGAUUUGCAGUUUUGGUCAAAUAAUAGAACGACAUGCCGAUUGAUGUCUUGGCACUCACAACAGGCCUGCCAUUCUUCCUUCAUGUCUGAUUAUGGGAGGCAGCAGGGCAGGAUAACAAACAUCAUGACAUGAUCGAUAUUUCUGAAUGGAAAACUGUUCAGGUGAGAGUACGCCGCUUUCUUCUCAUGUCAAAUCUAUGCACGGUUUUAUAAAUGGGGCCCCCCUUGUUCUUCUGCUGCUUUAUUUUGAAACAUAGGCUGUUGUUUGUGCAACAAUGCUUUUCUCACGAGGAAAGCAUAAGAAUUAAAGACACUAGCUGAUUAUAAUCACAUGAAACACAGGUGUACACAUUCUCCCCAAACAGAACCUGGUUUUGGGUUAUUGUGACAUGUUAAACCUUUUUUUAUUGUACAGAUAGUUGGGAAAACACAACAAUGAAUUGAUUGUGCCAAUUGUACGUAUUUUUUGGUUGUUUUUUAUCUAAGAUAAAAUUAACAUGAAAAUUGAUAAGAGACAAGCUGUAGUUGUAAUUUAUUGUUUACUGAAUUGACUCCCAGCUCCUCCAACACAUCAUUAAAGGUGGAGAACCAGUAGAUAGUGAAAUCCUAUCAUGAGUCGCUGGUUAAUGUCAUCCACAGUGGCUCCUUGUUCACACUAAAAUACACACAAACUCUAAUUUUUAAACUACCUGUAACUGAACACGUGAGGCCAAACAUAAGAACUAUGUGCUAUUUCUGACUGUACUGUAUCUCUUGCACUAUUAUCAAUGGGAUAUUUGCAAAAAAUACAUUUUGAUAUUUAGCACAGAGAUUCUAUGUUUGUUUCAAUGGAUAAAAGAAAACUUUGUAACCAUGUUUUUAUUCCUUCAGUGAUUUAAAAAAAAAAAAUAAAAACCUUCGCUGUGUUAAUUGACUCAAC